AUGCUGGGCUCCCCCUACCCGCUGUGGCUCCUGGCUGUGACCGUCUCCUUAGUGUCCAGGGCUCAGCCCUUGGCUCCUCAAGACUUCGAUGAUGAAGAGGGAGACGAGACACCCAGGACGACAACCUUGCAGUAUGAAUUCUGUGACUAUGACCGCUGCCGCCACCUGCAGGUACCCUGUGAGGAGCUGCAGCGGGCGGGGCCCUGCCGGUGCCCGGGACUGUCCAGCGCCUCGCAACCGCCAGAUCCACCCAGCCUGGGGGACGUGCACGUGAUGGCCGAGGAGGGCCGUGCGGUGGUGCACUGGUGUGCGCCCCUCUCCCCGGUCCACCAGUACUGGCUGCUACUUUGGGAAAGCAGUGAGACUCCUCAAAUGGGGAGACACUUCAAUUCGACCGUGCGAAAUGCAGAACUGAAGGGGCUGAAGCCCGGGGGCACUUAUGUCAUUUGUGUGGUGGCGGCCAACGCAGCAGGAGAAAGCAUCUUGUUUGGGACAGAUGGAAAGAGCCUUCCAGAAGCCAACUUCUCCCCAUUGGGGCCCUGCAGACAGCUCACCGUGCCCAUCAAGCCAAGCACUGUGGUCCUCGUGACCGUGGCCGUGGGUACAGGCCUGACCCUGAUCUGCUGUUUGGCCCUGGUCUGGCACUUCUGUCUACGGGAUCACUGGGGCUGCCCCCGCCAAAGGAUCACCCAAGCUGCCAAAUUCCUCUUAGAAGUUCAGUACAUGCAAGAGACGCAGAAGCAAUUACGAAGGCUGGUGCAUGAGAUAGGCCUGGAGCUGAAGAGCACUGCUGUCUGUUCCCAAGUGCGGCGCACUCGAGAUGGCUUUUUCACAUUGAACGAUGCCCUGCUAAGGACCCAGUGGGACCUCCAUAGCAUCCAGGAUGCUAUCCAGGCUGCAGCCCCCCGAGUGGCAGCUGAGCUGGAGAAGAGCUUGAGGCCGGUGCCAGCCACCCCGCCCUGCCUGUGCCUGUCGCGCAUGCGCGUGGGUCGCGCGCAGGCUGACCGGAACGCGCUCUCUGGCCCUCGGCGGCACCCGUCCACAGCCGCUCCACGUGACCCAAACAGAUUCGGGUACUUCCGCCUCCCCUCGGCUUUCUUCCCGUCCGUGUUUGCGGUGGGUCCCGAGGCCGGAGGGAGGACGCGCGCCGGGCCUCGCGACGUCCGGGCGGCAUUGCGUGCAGACCGGGGUCCACCCCGCGCUGACCUGCCUCUGCUUUCCUCCUCGUCCCCCUUCAGGUCCCCGUAG